AACAGUGCCCUACUGUCAGGUGGUGGGAAAUUCGGGAAGAGUAAACAUCACAAGAUCAUUUUUUGUGUGCUUUUAUUUGCAGUGUAACUGCAUAGGCAUUGUUUUUUUUCUUCUAUUGGAAACAAAAAACAAAAGCAAAGGAGGGAAUACUCUGCUCCAAUGCAUCUAAAAGUGGACUUUGCUCUUUUUUAUUUGCACAGAUCAGCCAGAUGAACACAUACAAACCAGACAACACUUUUUGCAAAGCCAAGGCAGGGCAUUGGUUCUUCGUCCUCCUCCUGUGCUUUCGUCUGGCCUUUGCUGAAGUCCCUGGUCCAUGUCGGCACUCUGUGACGAAGGACCACCUCCAGAAAUUCAAACGUCUGAUUGAGAACCAGUUGCAAAAUGGCUGUCUAAUAAACUACACGUUCACUGAGCGCCAGAGUUUGGGUAAAAUCUGUUAUGUUAAAGCAGCCCUUCACCAAAUCCAGGACCUACUCCAAAAUCAUUUCAAGUAUGCCCGGAGCUCCGAUAAUUAUCGUUACGUAAAUGAAUUGAAGGAGGUGAUCAAAAAUAUCUUCUCUCAAAAAUGCAUUCCUGAUAUUGAUGAGGCCCAUGAGGAUGACCCGAUAAAGUUUCAAAAGGUCUACCACACUUCACCAAAAGAAGCACUGCAAAAAGCACAAAAAGUCAUUGAGCUGUACAUGGAGUUGAUGAUGGAGAACAAUGCUCCAGUGAACUGGAACUGUGAAGAAGAGUUUGGACAAGACUACAUAGAAUCCACCAUAGUGACCAUCCGUACUACAGGUCCUUCUACACAAUGCCAUUGCUCUUGCCCAACUUUGGGUCAUGGCUCCUCUGAUCAGGUUUCCUUGCCAGCCACCAGCCCAUGGAGUGGCGUUCCAAAGCCCAUUUUCUUACAGUCACAAUUUCCACAGCAUAUUCCAGGGUUCAUCCCAACUCCCCAUGUAACUGAAAGGCCAGACGGUUGUCAAUAUACAGACCCUGGCUUUGACAGCUCCUCAAAAAUGAAGGUGACAGAUUCCACUGUUCCUAUAGCAGGAAGCAAGGUAUCUAGGGAUAUCUCCUCUACAACUGGACUGGCAAUCGUGGGAGGCACAGAUAGUGAUCCUACAUACCAACCAAGCUCUCCAUUUUCUAAUGAAGAGAAUGAUGGGCCCUCUUUUGUGUCACAUAGAAAUUUUCAGCCUGUUUCAGUUUCUCCUGACCCUGUCACCUCUGAGCCUUUGGAUGAGAACAAAGCUUGGAACAUACCUAAAACAAGCGCACAAGUAACUGAAGUUUUUGUUGAUGGCAUUGAUCUGGGCAGUGGGGUGCCUUCCAUGUCAUCUUUAGCUUCUACAGAGAGAUUAAGACAAAAUGGAAUAUUCACCUUUACAACCACUGAACCAAUCCAUGAAAGCAAGCCCAAAUCAAGCAACAGUGUCAACUCUGAGCAAUCUAUGGAUGAAUCAACUACAUCUAUCCCAUUCCAGGAAGCCCCUGUUGGUGUCACUCCAGAUAAACUGGAUGAAAACACAGCUGUUAUGCUGGUAAAAAGAUCUGUUGAUCCCAGACUGAAUAGAUUACAGUCUAUUUUGGAGAGUGAUUCUCAGAGUUGGGUUGCUUCUAAUGUUCCAUUGGUGCCAAAUGUUUCAAGUGCAACUGAUAAAGACACAGAAGUUCUACAGAACCUUCCGAGUGAUUCCAAAAAAGUUUUACCAACUCCAGAAGUUGCCAACGAAAUCAAGGGAACAUCAACAGUCAUUCCCAUUUUAAGGAAAAGUGAAGCCACAGUGAGUAAACUCUCUGGGCUUUUCAUAAGAGAGUCACCUGACUUCCACAUAACCACUGAUGACCCAUCGUCUAUUCCAAAGAGUGAGUCAGUAUCUGUCAUGCUCAAAGAUGGGACAGUGGGAAGCCCAGGUAGAGUACCACAUUCUUCUCAACAUCCAUCAGCUAAAGGAUCAUCAUCAAUUAAGGCUGUCGGAGAUCAUGGAAAGGACUCCAAGAUCAACACAUCAGAACUCCCCAAUAUUUCCUACAAGACUGCCUUUAUAAUGGCUUCAGUGUGCGGAGGACUACUGCUUAUUACUGCUCUCUACUGUUAUAAAGAGCAACAGAAACUCAGAACGCUACUUCAGAGACACAAAAUGGUUGACAACCAGAGAAAUGCUAAAAGGACUUAAAAUGCCAACAGAACCUGCAGAAAUCCACUAGCCCCCUUGUAAGUGUCACCAGCUUCCUGUGGUCACAGGUCCAAUCGCUGGGGUGGUUUAGGACCCCUUGUUGAGCGCUGCAGCAUAGGAGGUGUCAGACUCCCCUGAGACCUUUCUUUGUGGUUAGGCAAGGUCGAAGUCCCGGGGGAUGAUGCCUGUUCUCGUGAUUCAGUCACUUCUGGCCCCGAUCGAGAAAUAUCCAGGGUAUCUGGUACAGGGAGUUGGGGACCCUUACCAAUGGGCUCCUCCAGGUCAACGCUGCAUUCCGGUUGGGUUUGGUUGGCGAAGCUGGUAUCCCUGGAGCGUAUCCGGUCUAUGUGCCGACGCCACAUCUCCUGUCCGACUUGGACCACAUACGAAACCAGUCAGGUAACCUUUAUUACAGUUCCAGGGAAGGUAAGGGGCUGACGUGAUAUGCUGCACUCCAUUACAUUCCAGGAAAUUCCUGAAGUCGGCAGACACAAACUGUGGUCCGUUAUCGGAGACUAACUGUUCAGGAAGACCAUAGUGAGCAAAUAAAGUUCUGGCUUCUUCCACAAGACAGGCGGUGGUAGUGGAAGGCAUCUUGAUCAUCUCAGGCCACUUGGAAAAUGCAUUCACCACUACUAAAUACAUGCUACCAUGGAUCAGCCCUGCAAAAUCCAUGUGCACUGUUUGCUCAGGGGUAUCUGGGUAUUCCCACGGGUGCAAGGGAGCAUGAUCUGGGGACAGUCUCCACUGCUGACACUCGUCACACCUUCUAACCAAGUCUUUGAGUGCUUAGUCCAUAUCCAGCCACCACACGUAGUUUCGGACCAAGGUUUUUAGCUUCACCACUCCCAGUUGUCCACCAUGUAAAACAUUGAGCACUGCCAAUUGACAGGCAGGGGGUACUACUACCCUAACACCCCGUAGCAGGCAUCCAUCAUGCGUUGUCAGCUCAUGCCAUCUUUGAUAAUACGGUUUCAGAGGACCCUGCUGAUCCGACACCAAGGUCCAGCCCUUCAUUAUUUCCUGAAACACCUGACUGAAUAUGGGGUCUCUCUGAGUGUGGAGCCUUAUUUGCUUGACCAAUAGGGGCAGAGGGUCAACCAUUUCAACAUGAUACAAGUCAAUGUCUUCCAAACAGUUGUUUAACAGUAAUGGAAGGUGGGACAACCCUUCAGAAUUGCUGAUCUUGUCAGACUUAUGGUAGAAUAUAUCAUAGCGAAAGCCUCGUAGAAACAGCACCCAACUUUAUAUCCUUGCCACUGCUGUAACUGGUACACCCCGAUGUUGUAAAGUGUCUACAUUCCAAAUACUGUUGGAACUUACGUAUUCCCCAAACUAUGGCCAAACCUUCUUUGUCCACGAAGCACCUGCUCUGAAGCCAUCAGUUCCUUGGCUUUGUUAAAAGCUUGUUGUUCUCGGUCACCCCAUACAAAUUGAUUGUCUUUUCUCAAUUAGUGGUUCAAAGGCUGUAGAAUGUCUGACAGAUUGUGCAUAAACGAUCUGUAGUAAUUGACCAUACCACAAAAAGCUCAUACUUGCGGUGUGUCUUUGGAAGGCAGAGCAUCAAGCAAUGUGCUCACCUUUUCUUUUGACUUAUGUAACCCCUCUUUGUCAACGACAUGUCCAAGAUAGUGCACCUUGGGUGCUCUGAAAAUACACUUAUCCCCAUUCAGUCUUAGUCCUGUCCUGUAAGCGUGCCAUUACUAAAUGCACGUUGGUCCAAUGUUCUGCCUCUGUCCAUUCUGUGAUGAUUAUAUUAUCAAAGUAGCAUUGUGUUUGGAGAAUGUCUCUUAAUAUUUGGGUCCAUGGCCUGUUGCCAUAGCAUAGGGUCAGAGGCCACCCCAAAAACCAGAUGCUUAUAGUGUUUCAGACCCAGGUGAGUAUUCACGGUUAAAAAGUGCCUGAAUUCUUCCUCCACCUCCAUCCGUAAAUACGCCAGUGCCAGGUCGAGUGUAGUGAACACCGUUCCCCCCAUGAGUUUCGCUAAUAUUUAUUCGAUCCAAGGCAGCGAGUAUACUGGCAUCUGGAGCACCAGGUUAAUUGUCACUGAAAAGUCUCCACACACCCUCACCUUAUCAUCUCGUUUCAAAGGAGUCACAAAAGGAGCAGUCCAUUCUGGACACUUUCAAUUACGUCAUCUGUCUCCGUUCUAACAAUGCCUCAUCAACCAUAGGUCACCUGGUGAAUGAGACCGGCCAAGCUUUAUGAAACUGCGGAACUGCUCCUUCUUUUCACUGCAACUUCGCUUUAAUGCCCUUUACUUGUCCCAGCUUCUUAUCAAAGACCAUUGGGUAUUUCUGUACCACCUCUCGCAAUGGACUCUUACUCCGUACAUCAUGAUACGAGAUAUUGCUCCUUUCUGACCGUUCGAUUGUACGAUCAACGCCACAAACUCUUUGGACCGCUUCCCAGUCUGCCAUCUUACACAACCAUUCCCUUCCAACCAGUGGGGGUCCAGUCCCUUUAACUAUGUACAGGUCUAGAGCAACCAUUUUCCUGAGUUCUUCGACCUGCACCUUAGCCUUCUGGACCACCUUCAACUUUUCACUAGAAUAGACUGUCAGGGACAUCUUGGCCUUGUGGGUGGGGAGCCCAGGAAACUUCUGGUGAAACUGGGCUCGCUUUUUAACGUUCACCCCCGAAGCAGUGUCAGUCUCCAUCUCCAGGAGUUUGUUCUUGACCUUAACCAUACACAUGAGUGGCUCAACUGCUGUGUAAUUACACAUUUUGAACGGAUUCCGGUGCUGGAUCCUCUAAAUCACUAGCACUGCCGUCAUCUGAGUUAUGCAUGGCAUGCACUUGCCCCCUCUGGCCUGACUGGGGUUUUUUCUCAUGG